AUGGCUCAUAAUUUGAGGGCAAGUCUGAGAGGUGGGUAUGAGUUUGUAAAGCCCAAAGUAGUUGACUAUAAAAAUUUAAAGAGAGAUAUCAACAAGGUUAUUGGUUAUAAAGAUGCCCAAAUGAUAGUAAACACAAUGAAUGACCGUCGAGCUCAGUAUCCAAAUUACUCAUUUGAGUUUAAUUGUCAAGAUGAUGUUUUUGACUGUAUGUUUUGGGCUGAUGAAAUGGAGAAGGCAUAUUAUGCUGAAUUUGGUGAUGUUAUCUCGUUUGAUGCGACUUUCCGAACAAACAAUCAUGGGAAAGAACCAACACUUGUUUUAACUAAUCAAGAUGCUGCAAUAAAACAAGCUGUUGAGAAUGUGUUUCGUAAUUCAAAGCACCGAUUAUGUAUGUGGCAUAUAAUGAAAAAGUUGAAAAAAAAGAUAUCAGAUGAUUUAUUUACAAACACAGACUUUAGAAAAAGGUUUUCAAAGCUUGUUUGGGACAUUAAUAUGAAACCUGAUGUUUUUGAGGUGAAGUGGGGUUUGCUAAUGAAGGAAUUCAAUCUUGAAGACACAAGAUGGUUUAAAGACAUGUUUACAAUAAGUGAUUCAUGGAUACCUGGAUAUUUUAGUGAUAUUCCAAUGUGUGGUUUGAUGAAGACUACAUCGAGGACAGAGAGUAUGAAUUCAUUCUUUAAUACAUAUUCAGAAAGUGGGAACUUACUUUUGAAUUUCAUGAUGAAUUAUGACACUGCCAUUCAAAAGAAAAGGAAUACUCAACGAGAGCUUGAUAGGGCGUCAAAGAAAGCAUCAUAUAAAAUGCAAACACCUCGAGAAAUAGAACUGCAAGCAUCAAAUGUUUAUACAAAUGGUUGGGAAGCUUACAUUGUGCAGCACAACAACAGUAAAAGUGAUUUCAAAAAUGAAUUUAAGGUUGAAAUAAAAGCUGAAGAGAAAGAAAUAAAUUGUAGUUGUGAACAUUAUAAGUGUAUGGGUGUGUUAUGUAGACAUGCUUUUACAAUAAUGAUGAGAUGUGGUGUUAAAGAAAUUCCUGAAAGGUACAUUUUGAAGAGAUGGAGAAAGGAUGUGAUAUCAAGAAAUUAUCGUUUUAGUUCCGUUCAAUCCGAUUUAGGUGAUUGUGAGAAUGUAAAGCUAGUCAAUGAUUCAUAUUAUUGUUUUGAAUCAUGUUUAGAUAUUGUAAGAGAUGACAAAAAGAGUUUGGCUUUGUUUACUGAGAAACAACAAAUGUUGUUGAAGGAAUUUGAGAGUGAUUAUAUUUCUCCUGGAUUGAAAAGCAAGACAAAUGGUUAA